CGAAGGGGCGGGGCCGCGCGGAGUCUCAGCGCAGCCAGGGAUGAGAAACUUAUCCCGGAUAUUUACCUUACUAUACCUGGCUCUUCCGACGGCGCCCCGUCCCGAGGCUUUCACAGCGGACAGUCUGAGGAAUAUGAUCCGUCUUUGAAGCGGGACGACUGAGGUACACAAUCAGUGUGAGACAGGCCGGCCUGGGCCAUUAAUUGUUCACCUGGAAACGAAGACCGGACACAUGUCCCCACUCAGUGACGAGCUGAGGGCAGGGUGUUUGUCUUGAGAGGGAGGCAGUGUUACCGAGGUAACAGACAUGCCAAAACCGGACCUGCUCUGCCUAGUUCAGCUGCUGGACAGCACUAUCGAGACCUUCAGAGUCAGCAAGCAGGAUGAAGGUGUGGUUCUGUUGGACCAAGUAUGCGACCACCUGGGCCUGCAGGAGAGGCAGCUCUUCAGUCUGCAGAUCAGAGAAUCCAGCACAGCCAUCGCCUCAAUCACGGCCAACACACACUCUCCUAGAUGGUUGGAGCCUGAGAAACCCUUGAAGAAGCAGAUAAAAGGUCUUGCAUCUCCCUUUUAUCUGAACUUCAGAGUACGAUUCUUCAUCUCUGAUCCUAACUCUCUGCAGCAUGAACAGACAAGGCACCUGUACUUCCUCCAGAUCAGGAGUGACAUUAGAGAAGGACGGUUGCAGUGCCCCCUGAGUGCAGCUGUAGUGUUGGCCUCUUACGCCGUGCAAUCGGAGAUGGGGGAUCGCUGUCCGUCUCGACUCCCCGGUUAUCUCUCCAAGUGCCACUUUAUUCCUGAGCAGGAUGAAGACUUCCAGUCUAAAGUGGAGGAUCUGCAUCCACAGCACAAGGGGCUGAAGCAAAGCGAGGCAGAGCUUUGUUUCCUAAACACAGCACGGACACUGGAGUUGUAUGGAGUGGAGCUGCAUGCUGCCAUGGACACUAAUGAUGCCCCUCUGAUGGUGGGUUUGGCCUCUAGUGGUGUUGCAGUAUUCUGUAAUAUGAUUUGCUCCAGUUUCUUUCCCUGGGGGAACAUCAUCAAGAUUUCAUUUAAGAGGAAACGCUUUCUUAUACAUCUGAAACGUAAACAUGGGGAGACCCAGGAUUGUGAGGUGUCUCUAGUUCUGCCCUGUCCCAAGACCUGUAAGAACCUGUGGAGGUCCUGUGUGGAUCAUCACUCCUUCUUCUGCUCCAACCGGAUUGCCAGGAGCCCCAAACACAACAACAGCACAGUUCAGUCCUACAAAAAGCUGAUAACCCAACACCUGGGCCUCGGCAACAGUAAAACUGAGAGUGGUCCAGUGUGCCAGCGUGUGGUGGGAGGGAUGGUGUGGAACCCAGUCCUGCAGAGGUCGAUUUCAUCAGAUUAUCUGGAGACCAAGAGUCUGCCCUCUAGAUCGCCCCCAAACACCCCCAACUGGCGAAGUCCUCGAGUUCGCCACGGCAUCCGUAAACCUCGCCCAUCCUCAGUUGAGCUGACCAAUGACCUGAAAGACAUGUCAGAGGGGGAGGAUGUUUUCUACACAUACAGGGCGUCUUUGAGCAGCAAGGACAGCGAGGGAGACGCUUCACCUCAUCACCAGGGGACAGAUGAUGCUUUGUUGCAAAUUGAUGACAGUAUAGGAGAGGAGGAAGAUGAACACAGCUCACACCACAACAAUAAGGGCGCACUCGGCGACGGUGACUUGAUGCUGAUAUGUAUUGCCCCCGAUCAUGACGGCAAGUUUGGCUUCAAUGUUAAAGGUGGGGUGGAUCAGAAAAUGCCUCUAGCCAUAUCCCACGUUAAACCUGACUCUCCGGCAGGUCGAUGUGAGCCCAAACUCUUAGAAGGAGACCUGCUGGUGCUCAUCAACGGUCGAGACAUUUCUGAACACACACAUGAUCAGGUUGUCAUGUUCAUAAGAGCCAGCAGAGAGUCGCACUCAAGAGAGCUGGCCUUGCUCAUCAGACGUAAAGGUCCUGGCCGGGUGGCACCCCUGCUGCAGUUGCCUUCCGCCCUCACACUCACCAGCCAAUCACAGGGAGACAAGCUGUCACCUGGCCAGUUGGAGCGGGUCACGACACUGGAGGAGUCGAUGAGACAGCUGGAGAGAGGAAUACAAUCUGGCACACUCUGUUUCCAUUUUGAGAAUUUAUACAGGAGAAAGCCUGGUCUCUCACUAAACUGUGCUCGGCUCCCUGAGAACAUGGACAAGAAUCGAUAUAAGGAUGUUUUACCUUAUGAUGCCACCAGAGUGGUGCUCCAGGGACAGGAGGACUACAUUAACGCCAGCCACAUUGAGGUGGUGCCCCCAGUGUCUGGUGUAUGUUUACGUUAUGUUGCGGGUCAGGGUCCAUUGCCACAGACCUGCACUCACUUUUGGCAGACUGUUUGGGAGCAACAGAUACACACCAUCAUCAUGCUAACAACUCUGACAGAGAGGGGACGGACCAAGUGCCACCAGUACUGGCCGCAUCCGCCGGAAGUGAAGGAUUACGGGCACAUGCGCGUGAAGUGUCACUCUGAGGAGUGUAACCUGGCGUAUGUGACGCGGCAGUUCACUCUGAAACACACACAGCGGGGUGAGGAACGUGCAGUCACACACCUGCAGUAUGUCGCGUGGCCCGACCACGGUGUACCCGAUGACCCUUCAGACUUCCUGCUGUUCAUCAGCUCAGUCAGGGAGAGGAGGAGAGGUGAAGAGCCACUAAUGGUACACUGCAGUGCUGGGAUUGGACGGACAGGUGUUCUUAUCACCAUGGAAACGGCACUCACUCUGUUGGAUGGG